CCCCCCCCCGUGGCAAAUGGGGCUGAGGGUGGACGAGGUGGACUCAGACCUGGGUCUCAAGGUGGCCUGACCUCUUCAAGGAAGACAGGCGCAGAGGGGCCCCAUGGGCUGGGCUUGCCGGUGCGAGAGCCAGGCUGGGGUGCCCUUGAAAGGGCUCCAGCUCGGUGCCGAACUGGUCCUCCUGCUCUCUGAAGCCAUGAUUUUGGCGGGGGGGGGGCGGGCAAGGCAAUGUCCUUCCUUUGGGAGUUCCUUGUCCCUUAAAACCUGCCGCUGCUGCUCCUCAGGAAGCCGGAUUAGAGGGCACUUAAUUCAUAGGCUGCUGCUGUUUCAUUGCUGCUGUGUGGUUUUAAGGGAAGGAUUAAAAACCUCUGGGAGGUUUGCUGGAAUGUGGCGGUCUGUAAGAAUGGUAAAAUAAAUAAGCUGUUACGACUGCCCGUUUAGAAUUACUAGAAUGCAAGCUAAGGUCGAACAAUUUCCUGUUUCUAUCACUCCUCACCCUUCUCUUAAUUUCCCUGCUGCCCCAGGUGGCUCAGAACCAGUUGACUUUCUUUUGAACCUGUUUGCCCUAUAGCAAUUUCACCACUGAAGCAUGCAGUGAAAAAAUUAUUUAUUUUAUUUAUUUAUUUACACACACGCACACACACACACACACAUAUAUAAAAAUUUAUAAUUGCCCUCAGCAUUCCCUUCUCCACACUUAGGCUCAAUAUGGCGAGAGGUAUUCCAUGCCGGGGGGGAAGCCUGGGGCAGUAGGGACACUUUGCCACAGCAUUUUGGGCCCAGCCUCUGUCAUCCUCUGCUGUAAAACAGAGUGCCAUUUCCUACUGAAACAGCCCUAACUUGGCUCUGAGCCAGGCUAGCUUCUCUCGGUGAGCAGGAAAAGGUGAUCCAUUGAAAAGCACACCUGGAUCACAGGCUCCUGGCUGAUCCCGAACAUGGAUGGAAGAGCCGGGGAAGUAACUCCUGCCCAGAGGCCAAAGUCAGCCCCCUCCCUGUUUUGCAGGGUUGGAUGAUCUCAGGGGACUCCAACGUGGGGGAGGUGUAGGUGACAAAUUGGCAACGGCUGGGGAGUUCCUGUCCUUGUUGGGAGAAGAGGUGUGCUGGCUAAAUUGCCAAGGAAGCAGUUUAGCAGUGAUAAGGAACGGCUUUUUCCUCAGACCCACAUGCCUGGUAGGUCAGGCUGACGGGCUGGAGGUUGCUUUCUGUCCCCUGUUGUAAGCACUGUUUGGUGAGGAAUAAUCAGCUCCUGCAGAUUCCAACCAAAUUCAGCGCCUCGUCGUGGGAUAUCCUUUCCCUGCUAGGCAGUCUCUGCCUGAGAACAGAGGAAAAGUAGUUUUCAGCAGCCCCCCCACCCCGCUCCUGUCCUGAGCCCAAACUAGAGUGCAGAUGAGCUGCGCUCUUGUAAUAACUGGCGUCGGCCGGCGGGGGUGGUGUCCCCUCCCUUUGUCUUGCAGCAAUUGAGAGAAGCAGGGAAGGAACAUGCUGCUGGAUAGAAAUGUCUAAUUUUUUCCCCCGGCCAUUUUUUAAUUUGUCCCACAAUUAGGGAAAAUCUUGCAGGCUCCUUCGGCAAAACCACCAUAUUGUGGAGUCAGUGAUAAACGGAUAUUGUAAGUAAAUAAAUAAAUGCAUUAUAAAUAAAUAGUGUGGCUGAGUAUAAGUUUAAGUUUAAGAAGUAUUCUGAUAUUUCUAGAGAUCUGUGCAUCUCCCAUCUCCAUUGCUUUGUCUGUUAUGGUGCAAGGUGAUUAAUAACUUUGCUUUUCUACUGCUUUUUCCAGUAGCUUAAAAAAAGGCAGCAGCUGAAUUUGAAUGUAAGGAAGAUUUGUUUGAGUUGAACAAUCUAACCUGUUUUUUCUUGCUUGGCUUCCCCUAGUUUAGCCAUUUAGCCAACACUCUUGGAUGUCAGCAGUGGGGUGUCCCAGUAACUAAGCCGCCAUUUGCCAGUGGUGUGUCCUGGAAGUAGCCACAAUAGCCUCGCUGAGUUCUCCCUCCCCCCCAUUUAAAGAUGAUUUUAGCCUCAGUGCUUUGAUUCUCGUUUGAUGAACAAGAAUCUGUUGUUAGCCCCACCAGCUCAGACCAGAGUGCCACGAAGGAGAGAGAAAGUUCAAAGAACACGCUUCAUGGUUUCCUUGCUUUUUCCUUUUCUUAGAGUUUAUGGACUCAGAUAUACAAAUGUGUAUUAUACCUGCUGUGAUAAUAUCCUAAACCUUCAUGUGCGAAAUGCAGGUGCAUUAUCGACUCCUUUGAUGGCAUCUGCAGGAGUCUAUCCUGGCAUCUAGAGGCUGAUUCUCCAGCAGGAGAGAUUUAGCAGACUUUUGGCUUUUUUUCCCAUGGAUCUGUUUAAUUAUUUACAUAUUUAAAAUAUUUCUGUAUUGCUUCUCAUUAUAGAAAGUAAUCAGACGAAACUAUUCCUCUGGAGGGAGCGUUAUCAAGAACAUAAAUUUCUGCUUUCUCUUUUGCCGGCCAAGCAAGAGAACCAUGGAGAUUGCUUUUAGAAGACCCACAUUUCUCAGCCCAUUCAAAAUCAGACCAGAACCCUAAUUGCUUCUCUGGAAGUUUUCAUGAUAAAUGCUGGAAUGGAGUACCCUGAACCCUCCAGUACUCCAGACUUGACGGUCAUGCUCUCUGAUGACGGAAAAAAGGAAUUGAGUUCUGACCCUGGAGAGCGCUUGAAACGGACUUGGGAUUUGCUUGCGUUUUCUGAAACUUGCCAGGCUGAAAAUAUUACUCCCCCUUCUUCUUUGCGUCUUGUACAGGAUAGGCUGGAGGGCGUUCACUGCAGCACUGAAAUGCCCUCCGAAAAGUCUCUCCCAGUGUUAACCCAGAAUCAUUUUGAAGCAUUGCGCCCGGAAGUGGGUCACCCCAUUUUGGAAAGCUUGGACUUCUCUGAGACGUUUGGGCAGCCUCUUGAGCCCAUAAGAAACCCGAAAAGUCCAGAUAAGCGCAGUAGCAAUGCCACCCAAGCUGUUUUUUGGGCUGGUAUCCUACAAGCCCAGAAGUGCGUCCUAGACCUUCAAGGGGAGAUAGAUAAACAGAAAGAACCCCUGAAGUCCCCCACUGUGGAUUCGGAAAACAUGCCGGUGACAGCCGUGCCCCUGGACUCGGCUGCCAUCCAUGAACCUUUGUUCUUGGACAGCGAUAGUGAGGAGGAGCCAGAAGAAGCUUUAGAGAAACAGGAGGAGGAAGAAAGUGAGGAGGAGGAGGAGGAGGAGGAGGUUGAGUACUUGUUUUUCAACAACCCACUCUUUCAGGAAAGUCCUCACAUAACCAGAACUUUUGAAGGACAAAUCCCAUGGGAACAACCAGAGAGGGAAACUUCCACUGAGAAUUACAAGGAAAGUUUUAAGAGUGAAACGGACUCUGGAGACCAAGAUGGCGACUUGUUUUACCAGGCAAAUGUGGCAGUACGCCCUGUGGUCAGGAGUUUUUUUCCUGUGUGUGAUCCAGGUGCUAACGAGGACAUAUCCCCCUGCUCUUUUCCAAGCUAUGUGCCCCACUAUCGUUCUUUGUCUCCUUUGGUGAUUACGGAAAGAGAUCUUGAAAGUACGUGCUCUUUGGCAGAGAAUUCAAAGGCUCAGGGCUGUUUUCUGGAUCCCCUCCAAGGAGAUAUUCUGGAAAGCAUUGCUCCAGACGCAGACCUCCCUGUCUAUUUGCCAGCAGAAGGCCUGCUGUUUUCUGCCUCCAGUACUUCUUUGAUGUCUGCUUUGCUGCAAGAGCCUACGGAGAUCUGCUCCCCUCACAAGCCUCCAUCUCCAGGAAAGAGCAGCUGCAUCCCCUCCGGCUUCCAGGUCCUCUCAGGGCCUACUGCAGAGCAGAGUCUGCAGCAGGAGAAAUUUGGGCCACAAACCCCAUCCCAUGGCCACCUCUCAUCUUCCUGCACAUGGCUAGAGGAGCCUCAGAGAACUUCCUCUCUACGGAAGGAUGUCCCCAGAGCAGAUUUGCACUCCUACCCACUUUGUGGUAUGGAGCGGAAGUUGGCGAGCUCAGCGGAGAGGCUCAAGAUGGUGGAGUCACCAGCUAUGCAAAGUGAUGGGGGGUCGAAAGACAAAGAGGAAGAGCCGGUGUUAGACUGCCCUGAAGAACUCGGAGGGGAGUUUGGCAGCACAGGGGAGAGUCUGCCCGCCACGGGCAUAGCAGAACCAAAUGGCACCUUGCUCUUUGCAAACGGCACCUCUGGAGACCAGGCUGCAGCGCACAGGCUGGCAGCUCGCCUCUACCAUCUGGACGGCUUCGGGAAAUCCCAGGUGGCUGCUUUUCUCCAGAAGAACAAUGCCUUCAGCCAGAGGGUAGCCGAAGCUUACCUUUCCUUCUUCCAUUUCUCUGCACAAACUCUGGACCAAGCCCUGAGGUCAUUCCUGAAGUCAUUGGUGCUCACUGGGGAGACCCAAGAGCGGGAGCGGAUCCUGCUGCAUUUCUCUCAGCGCUACCACUGCUGCAAUCCAGAGGCCUCUCUCAGUCCAGAUGCUGUCCAUACACUCACCUGUGCCAUGAUGCUCCUCAAUACUGACUUGCAUGGGCAGAAUAUUGGCCGAAGCAUGAGCUGUCAGGACUUUGUUGCCAAUCUUGCAGGCCUAAAUGAUGGCAAGGACUUCUCCAAAGAGCUGCUAAAGGCACUGUAUAACUCCAUCCGCCACGAGAAACUGGAAUGGGCUACGGAUGAGGAAGAGACACUUGGUGUAAAGACACCCCUGAGCCCCACCAACACCCAAAGGAAAAGCAACCCUUUUCUGACUGUGUGGCAUGACCCCGGGGCAAAAGUAUACCAGCAGGGCCUCCUUGCUCGUAAGGUGCACGCUGAGGCUGAUGGCAAGAAGACUCCCUGGGGCAAGCGAGGCUGGAAGACCUUCCAUGCUGUGCUGAAGGGGACAGUGCUGUACUUCCUCAAGGAUGAACACCAUUUGGAGGUCUCAGACUCAGAGGAACUCAUUGGGGUACAUCAUGCCCUGGCAGAGAAAGCCAGCAAAUAUACCAAACGGCCACAUGUCUUCCGGCUCCAGACUGCGGACUGGCACAUCUUCCUCUUCCAAGCCCCAACUUCUGAAGAAAUGAGUUCAUGGAUUUCCCGCAUCAACCUCGUGGCAGCCAUGUUCUCUGCCCCACCCUUCCCUGCGGCAGUGGGCUCCCAAAAGAAAUUUGUAAGACCCAUUCUGCCAACAGCACCCUGCAAGAAUUCCAUGGAAGACCAGCACCUGGCCCACGAAGCCUGCAUGGACAGGGUGUCCCAUGAACUGCUAGAGCUCCAGCGAAAUCUGCCGGAGAAGCGUGGGCGUGGGCGUGACCUGGAGGAGUACCAGCUCCGGAAGGAGUACUUGCUCUAUGAGAAGCGCCGCUAUGAGAUGUACGUGAAGCUCCUGGAGGUGAAGCUCAGCUGCACCACGGACGACCUCGACCAGUGGGAGGCCCAGCUGACGGCAGUGGCUGAGAGCUGCCCUAGCUUGCAGAAGUCCCACUCCAGCCCUUCCCUGAACGUGGAUGGGCCUCCUGCUGGCGGGGCCAGGGUGAAGCGGAACAUCUCUGAGCGCAGGACAGUCCGCAGAAUCAUCCCCAAGCGCAACAAGCACUUGCUGUGACCGCCUCUCCUGGCCUGCGGCAGCUCGGCCUGUUUGGGGUUGUCCUUUGGACGGAGGAGGGGAACUGGCAGAAAGCUGUUUGCCCAAGCCAGAGGGAUUAGCAGCUGCCUCAGCGGGCCCCGCGUAGGUCUGCAUCACGGCAAAAUAAGCCCCGGGACUCUGGCUUGGAGCCCUUCUGGCUCUACAGCCCCCGCGGCCCUUUCCGGGUUCACGGUGCCGGCGAUGCCUUCGGGGAAGUGCUGCUCGGCUCUGCUGCUGGGACUUGACUUGCCCUGCCUCCUCUCCGGCUACUCAGGGACAACUGGGGUGUGUGUGCAAUAAAACAAGUAGAAGGACGAGGACUCGGGACUCCUUUGUGGGGAGUGUGCAUUGACCCCUCCAUCUGUUAGAGGAGUGGCUGUGCCAUGGGAAGGGAGGGCAUUCUGGCACUUCCCUUCCUUGCCGCACCCGCAUCUCAUCUUUGGGGAGCCUCUGGAUGUCCACAGAGGAAAGAAGGCGAAACCUUUUGGAGCAAGCUGCCAAGUUGGGGGCUGUCUACCUCCUUAAGACCCCUGAAAUUAUCAUCUCUCAGCUUCCCCUGGCCUGCUACCCCUCCCCCCCCCGCAAAUAUUUACU